AUGCAGAACGAAAUUCCGCCAAAAUGUGUCUAUUCAUGUUGGAGUAGUGCUCUGAAGGAGCUUUGCGGUGCGGAUUCCUACACAAAGUGCAUGCAGGACGCUGCAAGAGAAACGCCCUCGGUUCUGAUGCCGCGGAAGAAGUUUGCCUUUGCAUCUACGGAAACUAAAUCCACGUACAAUUCUGUAUGUGUCGUCCGCAGCACUGGUGACUUCAACCACGAAAAGCGUCCGAGAAGGAAGUCGCGUCAUGAACUGCAACAAGACCGCGAUAACGAGUGGACGUCAAGAGAAGUUCUGGAAAAAACCGAAGUUCUCGAUUGA